AUGAAUUCAAAAGACAUGCUUGUUGACAAGGUCGACAUAUUUUUCUUAUUGAAGCAGCAAAAACUAAUCACAAGAAGGGAGCUUGCUACUCUUCUGCCAGCACAAUCAUACAAUGAUUACCGAACAAACUACUACAGAAAACGAGUUCCAGAAGUCUUCGAUAGAAACAUCACAAGAGAGUGGUUUGUGUACAGAUACUUGGAUUCUUUCUAUGAGCAAAGAAAAAAAUCGAUUUGCAGCAUACACAAGUUUGAAAAGCCUGAUAUAUGCAUAAUAGCCAAAGGCAUAGCUGAAGAUGUUCCAGGCACAAUCAUGCACUCAAUAUCUUCGAGAUGCUCAAGCAUCGAAAGACUUUGGAUUCAGCAGCAAAGCUGCCAGAACAGAUUAUCAAGGAUGUGCUACAUUCUAUUGAAGAAGGGAUCGGAUAUAUAUGACUCAAUACAACUUAUGAAGUCUGUUGUGGAAGGAAAUCCGAAUAUUCAGUUUGAGCCGUUUGAUGUUUCUGACGUUGAAGAGCCUGUUAUUUCAUGUACAGACAGUGAUUAUGGCACUGCCAAGUCAAUGUUCAGCUCAUUAUGCAAAAUUUUCAAAAUUGACGAGGAUGAAGUUCUGAAAACAUAUAUAGCAAACAUUCAAACUCAAGGAAGCAUGGCGCAGACAAGUACAGCUGAGUUUUUCUGUAAUGCGCUUAAAGAUGUUUUUCUUUAUUGCUAUACAUGUGCGCAUCAAUAUGACGAUCCUCUUGAGAUGAUGAUGGGAUGCAGAAAUCACAAGUCUACAGAAGCUUCAAUCCGAAGAAGAGAGUUUCUUGUAGAAUAUCAAGGACUUGGAGAUCUCAAGAUAAAGACAAAAGAAGAAGAGCUUAAUAAAAUGAUAACUAUGGUAGAAGAAAAUCAUUACAAGUGUGAGUUUUGCGGGAAAGGAUUUAAGGAGGAAAUGUUCAUAUUCAAUCAUUUCAACAACAAGCAUGAGGAUGAAAUCAAGAAGAUUGACAAGUCAAUAGAAGAUUUUAGAAGAUUCCUUGACAGAGUUGAUUGUUUCAUGCUAGAAAUGCUUGAUGGGACAGACGAUGACCGAGUUCCAAGGUUUAUCCAGCCAAGUAUUAAGGAUGAAAGAGUUAUAUACGACAUGGAUCGCAUAUUCAGUGGGGAGAUAGUGCUCGGCAAGUGA